AUGGAGUAUUUGGAUCUAGGCCAAAUGUCGAGGUCAUCAGCAGCCUACUUCCAGCAGCUGCUGCAAUCCGCCGGGCUCAGUUUUCGUAAAUGGUCGUCGAAUUCUCCCGAAAUUCUGGAAAGUAUUCCAUUCGACCUCCGAGACGUACGUUCCGUACUCGAUCUUGAUUCUUCCGCCUCUGUCAAAUCCCUAGGCCUAAAAUGGACACCCUCAACGGACGAACUAGGAUUUCAUGUACCUAAGUGGAAUGUAGAGUGUGUCGUCACAAAACGCAUAGCGCUUUCAGAUUCCGCUCGUCUAUACGAUCCCCUAGAGCUCGUAGGUCCUGUCAUCGUACUCGCUAAGUAUUUCAUGCAGGAGCUUUGGGAGUACAAAAAGACUUGGGAUGAACCUUUAGAAGACGAUCUCUUAAAUCGUUGGCUUCAGUUUAGGGGUGAACUAGCUGCAGCAGAUUCCAGUACCGUCCCAAGAUGGGUUAUUUCAAUCUCCAAACCAAUUCUUCUUGAGGCGCAUGGCUUUAGCGACGCUUCAUUACGAGCAUACGGGGCUUGCAUCUACCUUAGAGCGGUAUCGGAGUGUGGGGAUAUUUCUGUUCAUCUUCUCACCUCAAAGUCCAAGGUCGCUCCUCUCGGAAUAAGCAAGAAGCAGAAAACUAUUAGCCUCCCCCGUCCGGAACUGUCUGGUACGUUACUCUUAAGUCAUCUGUUCCAGAAAGUUAAGCAAAGUUUGAAAGUCGAGAUUAAGUGCUACUACUGGGUCGACUCCACCGUCGUAUUACAUUGGCUAGCAGUUACGAAGAUUCGGCCAUAA